AUGUCGAUCUCCUCCAUUGAACAGCUACAUGUUUUCCAUGCCCGAGACAGAAAGAUAUUCACUAAGCUGGUUCUUCACUUCGCAAGAUCCCCAGCUGAGUCACUCCUUGUCAUGGCAACAUGGUUUUGGCUUGAGGAUUUCGGAUUCGGAGACACCCUCUCAAGCCUCAUGGCUUUCAACGAUCCAAUCAUCGCGGAUCUCGCUGACGAGGCUGUCUCCUGCUUCCGUUGCCUUGAGUCCCCCGAACCUCCACAAACCCUCGAUUGGAUCCCUCUCACCACACGCUUCAUGGCAAAUCCAAUAUCUCUCCAAAUUAUAUACAAGAAUCGAUACAGCGCCAUAACAGGUAUAAAGAAUUUCUUAUCCACCGUUUGUUCUAAAAUCUUCUCCGACAUCCUUCAACUAGUUCUUCCACCUUCCUCGAGAAUCUCCCUCCCCAUGAACAUCCCAGGCUUCCCGCAUCCAACAUUUGGGGGCAUCUUCGUGAGGCCUCACGUCAUGGCAAUGGAUUCCAUCACUCCUCGUGGUCUCUGGGGGUGGAAUGCAAAUUGUAUUGCCACCGAGAACGACCGGACGGUGUUUCUUACGUUCUCACGCGGAUUCGAAGUCUCGGUGUCGGAAGUCAAGUAUUGUUUCACGAGACGUUUUGGAGAUGGUUGUGUGGAAGGCGUCUUCAUGCAGGAGAAGAAUGAGGACGUGAAACAGUCACUGUACGCGAGGUUGGUGUUGGACUCUGUCGCUACUGUGGAUAAGAUACUCAGAGGCUCCCCAAAGCCCGUCAAGUUCAUUGUCAACAAGAAACACAUUUGGGCUCGCAAGUACGGAGACAAGCCCAAGAAAGAGACUUAA